AAUGCACCCGCUCGUACCCAUAAAUCGAAGCGAAAGAGUUCAUGAUGUUGAUGCUGCUAUUCGUCAGACGGAUUCGGAUGCAGCGUUGGCACGACUAUCCGCAGUUAGGAAAGGCUAUCUGAACGACCGCUUCAUCAGUUCCCUGGUACCUCGGGCGCAGCUACAGCCCCUGCGGCCACCGUUGAUCAAUACUGGCACCUAUGUGCGAUCUGAAGCCAUCGACAGACUUGUGGAACAAUGGCUUGAAAUUUCCAAGCCAGAGGGGCAGCUUUGUCAGAUUGUCAGUCUCGGAGCAGGGAGCGAUACACGGUUUUGGCGUUUGAUGGAUGGACCAUGGAAAGACCAGGUUGGAGCGUAUUUCGAACUCGACUUUCCGGACGUGACCCUGAAGAAAGCAAUGGCCAUUCGCAAUCCGAGAAGUGGGCUUAGCACUACUCUUGGUCAUUCGGAGUUAGAUCUUGGCGGGCAGGCGUUGCACUCGUCCAGAUAUCAUCUUUUGCCAUGUGAUCUUCGCAACCCACCUGCAGAUAUUUUUCCAGGGCUCUUCAAAGAGUAUCUGUCACCUACUCUUCCAACACUUCUGUUGUUUGAAUGCGUACUAGUUUACAUGUCUCCGGAGGCCUCAUCAGCCUUGAUCCAAUGGUUUGUCGGCUUCUUCAGCCCAAGUACCCACACUCCAUCGCCAGGCACUCUGGGAUGUACAGUGUAUGAAAUGUUCGGGCUGGAGGAUGCCUUUGGGCAGGUUAUGAUGAACAAUCUUCGAGCAAGAAAUGUGUCCCUUCCUGGGGCGAAGCCAUAUCCUUCAUUAGAGUCUCUUCCCGCCCGUUUUUCAAGGCACGGAUUCACUUCUGCGAAGGCGCUGACGCUUCGUAACAUCAGAAGUAAUUACAUAGAGCCAUCAGAAUUAGAAAGGUAAGUCUUCUUCUUAUGUCAUACUUAAUACGAUUCAGUAAAUUUCGUUUAUCUGUAUUUGACACAGAAUAUCUAGCCUUGAAAUGCU